CUGGCGUGUGGCCGCGGUCCGGGACCGGCCACCUGUCCCUUCCCGCAGCCGAGGCGCUUCGGGCCUCGGAAGAGCAGAGCGGCGCUGCCUCCGGGCUCCGGUCCCGACUUGGGUAGGGGCCGGCCCCGGCCGCCGCGGGGCCAAUCCGGCGUCUGGGGCGCAGCCGGGCCGCCUUUCCGGGCCCUCGGCUUCCUCCGGCCGCCCCGCCCCUCGGGCUCGCGGCCGCCGCGGCCCCCUCUCGGCCGGGCCUCGGGCGGGCAGCGCGGGCCGGUCCCGGCGGCGCGCGCGGCAGGGGCAGCCACAGAGAGCCUGCAGUCAGCGCCUCCCGGGAAGAUGCUGCGUGCAGGCGCCGCCCUGGGAGUGCUGUGGUUCUGCCUGGCAGGAGCCGUGGAGGUCCAGGUCCCCGAAGACCCCGUGGUGGCCCUGGUGGGCACCGACGCCACCCUGCGCUGCUCCUUCGCGCCCGAGCCCGGCUUCAGCCUGGCACAGCUCAGCCUCAUCUGGCAGCUGACGGACACCAAGCAGCUGGUGCACAGCUUUGCGCAUGGCCGCGACCAGGGCAGCGACCCAGGCAGCGCCUACGCCAACCGCACGGCGCUCUUCCCGGAGCUGCUGGCACAGGGCAACGCGUCCCUGCGGCUGCUGCGGGUGCGCGUGGCCGACGAGGGCAGCUUCACCUGUUUCGUGAGCAUCCGGGACUUCGGCAGCGCGGCGGUCAGCCUGCAGGUGGCGGCCCCCUACUCAAAGCCCAGCAUGACCUUGGAGCCCAACAAGGACCUGCGGCCCGGGGACACCGUGACCAUCACGUGCUCCAGCUACCGGGGCUACCCGGAGGCAGAGGUGCUGUGGCAGGACGGACAGGGCGCGCCCUUGACCGACAACGUGACCACGUCACAGAUGGCAAACGAGCAGGGCCUGUUCGACGUGCGCAGCGUCCUGCAGAUGGUGCUGGGCGCCAACGGCACCUACAGCUGCUUGGUGCGCAACCCGGUGCUGCGGCAGGACGCGCACGGCUCCAUCACCGUCACACCCCAUAGAAGCCCUGCAGGAGCCGUGGAGGUCCAGGUCCCCGAAGACCCCGUGGUGGCCCUGGUGGGCACCGACGCCACCCUGCGCUGCUCCUUUGCGCCCGAGCCCGGCUUCAGCCUGGCACAGCUCAGCCUCAUCUGGCAGCUGACGGACACCAAGCAGCUGGUGCACAGCUUCGCGCACGGCCGCGACCAGGGCAGCGACCCGGGCAGCGCUUACGCCAACCGCACGGCGCUCUUCCCAGAGCUGCUGGCGCAGGGCAACGCGUCCCUGCGGCUGCUGCGGGUGCGCGUGGCCGACGAGGGCAGCUUCACCUGUUUCGUGAGCAUCCGGGACUUCGGCAGCGCGGCGGUCAGCCUGCAGGUGGCGGCCCCCUACUCAAAGCCCAGCAUGACCUUGGAGCCCAACAAGGACCUGCGGCCCGGGGACACCGUGACCAUCACGUGCUCCAGCUACCGGGGCUACCCGGAGGCGGAGGUGCUGUGGCAGGACGGACAGGGCGUGCCCUUGACCAGCAACGUGACCACGUCACAGAUGGCAAACGAGCAGGGCCUGUUCGACGUGCGCAGCGUCCUGCAGGUGGUGCUGGGCGCCAACGGCACCUACAGCUGCUUGGUGCGCAACCCGGUGCUGCGGCAGGACGCGCACGGCUCGGUCACCGUCACAGGGCAGGCCGUGGCAUUUCCCCCCGAGGCCCUGUGGGUGACCGUGGGGCUGUCUGUCUGCCUCGUGGUACUGCUGGUGGCGCUGGCCUUUGUAUGUUGGAGGAAGAUCAAGCAGAGCUGCGAGGAGGAGAAUGCCGGGGCAGAGGAUCAGGAUGGAGAUGGAGAUGGCUCCAAGACCGCCCUGCGGCCUCUGAAGCACUCUGAGAGCAAAGAAGAGGAAAUCGCCUGACCCCGGAGCCCCGGGAGCGGCUGCCCCCGGCCCCGGGCGGGCCCUCUCCCGGGGACGCGGGCCUGCGGGGCCAGGUCUGUGCCUCCUGUGAGUGACACGGUGCCCGCGUCGUCCUGCUGCCUUACCGCUCCUCGACACCAUCCCGGCGCCAUCCCGCUGCCUUACUUCUUAGGGACACAGGGCCCAGACCGCACCACCUUAUUUCUGACCACCUGGCUGCCUUUUUUAUUUUUUUAAUCCAAAAGACAGGUGUUCCGAGCCGGCCCCGCCUCCUUCCUCCUCAUACUCACCCCCUGCCUUGCUUCUCACCUCCUCACCCCACCACAGCGGCCCCGCAUCUCCUCGGGUCUGGGGGCUGCCUCCUGCCUGCAGCCUUGCCUUCCCCGCUCUGACCCCGGCCCCACACACGGGGGCGGGCCCACAGCCACGUGCAGGAACACGUGUGGGCGCCCCCGCGGUCAUCGCCACAGUGCCCUCCCCGCUGCCCGCCCCUGCCCCGGGGCAGCCUGUGCUGGUCACACUGGGUCUGGGAUCUGGUUCUCCCCGUCUGCGGCUUUUGUUUGCCAUCCGUUCGGUCACUGUUCACAGGGUGACAGGGGUGUCGGCACCCGGCUAGGUACUGGGGACCCCGGUGAGAAGACCAGUCCCCCACCCCACCCCUGCUGCCCACCCCCCACUUGGAAGCGGGGUCUGUGGUUUCCUGGGGGCAGCUCUGCCUCUGCCCCCAGCUGCCUGGAUACCUCACCCCCAUCUCGUCCCCUAAUCUCUCCCCGGAGCUUGGGAUGGGAGCAAAACGCAGGAGUAGGGGGACGCGGGCUGAGCCGGCAGCCAGGGCCCUGCCAACCUCGCACAGCCGAGCGUGGGGCCUGUCCUCGCUGGCCACAGCCUGAGAUGGGGCAGAGCCAAGAGGGGUCCCCGUGGUGCUACUCUGGGGCCGGGAAGCCGCCUCCCGCUGUCUCGGCCAGCCCCCAGCCCUGCCAGCAAGAGCUGCUGGGCCCAUGGCACCCCUACCCCAAGGAUGGAGACGGGAGGGCUUCUUAUUUAAGUGUGGGACUCAGGACUUUUGUAAACCGGGGAGGGGGGAGGAUUUUGGGGAAAAAUAAAUGCCUUUGUACG